UUGCAGGUACUCGGCUUACGUCGGCUCGAUCUCUCCAACAACAAUCUGACCUCCUUCGAAGUGGCACCGAACUGCCUGCGAUCGCUCGAAGCACUCGAUCUGAGCGGAAAUCACUUCACUACGGUACCCACGUCCCUGUGGGAUUCACUGGAGUCGCUGAGCACAUUGGACAUCUCAGGGAAUCCCCUCAAUUGUGACUGCUCCCUGCAACCGUUCUCGACGAUUGCCAAACAGGAGAAGUACAGCUUCUUGAACCAGGGUAAAACGUUCUGCGCCUCACCGCCCAAUCGAGCCGGAAAGAACCUAUUUGAGCUGAAGGAGGAUUUGUGCAAAUCAAGCAGUUGGGGAUUGGGCACCCUCAUCCUGCUCGUUGUUGUUUCUGCUGGAUGUGAGUAUUUUUCUCUUUGUGUUUUAUACAGUCGGAUAAAACCGAUGAGACCAACGCAGUCACUUUUUGCACAUUUCAAUAUUAAUGCUUUAUUUUCUAUUUUUCAACUUCAUAUUCAAUAUGUAGCAUGUAUCACUUUUUGGUUUUUUUGGCAACAUAAUAAUGGACGCCGAUAA